CACAAGCUCUGUUGUCGCGAAGGCUCAUUUGGCGCCGCCCACGUUGGAGACAACGAACCAAUAGGCUGAGAGGAGGAGGACAUGCACAUUGGUUCCUGGUUGGCCAGCGCUGAGCCGAAUGACGCGUCUCCUUCCACCUCAGCUGGACUUGUAGUUGGAGGCGCUCGCUGGGUAACGGCCUCGGUGGAGGAGUGUUUGUUUGCCGGAGGGCUGAUAGGGGGGAUCCUUCCGCUGUACGGCGGCCUGAGCUCGUUUUUCCUCACAGCCCCGGAGAUGCCGGCGAGAAUGCCAGGAGGUGCCGGGGAAAGAUGACGAAGCGGCUGGUUCUGAUAGGCUGCCUCCUCCUGGUCUGCUUCUUAUGGUUACCACCUGGCCAUGUGUUCUGCAACGAAGACACUGUCCUUCCUUCAACCCAAUCUGCACACAAUGAGCAUUCUGUAAAUGAAGAUGAGCAUGUGAAGAAAGAGGAGGAUAAGGAACAGCCAAAGACUUCAGAAAUAGUAGAUUCUCUAUCAUCGGGGCAAGUGGGAGAAGAUCUGCUAUUGGAAGACUGCACAAAAGAUGAAAAGGACAAGAAAAUAGAACCGGAAUUAAACGUACCUCUGGACAAUAUUGACAUUAAAGAUGUGGAAAAAGCAGCUGUGAACCUGCCUACCAGUGUUGAAAACAUUUCCAGUUCAUCUACCUCAGAGAUCCCUCUGGUUCCACUGCAUGAUGCAAUAGAAGCGUCCAGCGCCGCUCUCCCUGUAGUCAGCUCUAGUGAACCUGAGCAGUCAGAACCUGACUGUGAUAUUGGGGGGGCCGUAGAGGUUGAGCCUCAGAGUGAGCCCUCCUUUAUCAAUCCAUCAGCAAGUUUUGUGACUGAACAUGUUGAGAACGUCUCAGUUUCACACAACAAACGAAAGGCGACAUCGUCGGACAUAGAAGCCGAAGUGCCAGCUCCUGAACCAGAAGCAGAGAAACCGAAAGUACACCUUAAUGCAUCUGAAGAGUUGGAGAAAGAGCUGACUGAUGACACAAAGGUGGCUGGAGGUGACCCGGUUGUUCCAGGGAACACAAAGGACCCUGUUGACAUUCCAACUUUUGAUGAGUGGAAGAAACAAGUCAUGGAAGUGGAGAAAGAAAAAAGCCAGUCUUCGCAUGCCUCAGUCAAUGGGGGGCAGCAUACAGUAAAGGUCCAAAAGAAUAGGAACAAUUAUGCAUCUGUGGAGUGUGGUGCAAAGAUACUAUCUGCCAACCCUGAGGCCAAGAGCACAUCUGCAAUACUUAUAGAAAAUAUGGACCUGUACAUGUUAAACCCAUGUAGCACAAAAAUUUGGUUUGUGAUUGAACUUUGUGAACCAAUCCAAGUAAAGCAGCUAGACAUUGCGAACUAUGAGCUCUUCUCUUCCACUCCAAGGGAUUUUCUGGUUUCCAUUAGUGACAGGUAUCCCACCAAUAAAUGGGUAAAACUAGGUACUUUCCAUGCACGAGAUGAAAGAACAGUACAGAGCUUUCCAUUGGAUGAGCAGAUGUAUGCUAAAUAUGUUAAGAUGUUCAUCAAAUACAUAAAGGUGGAACUGAUAUCACAUUUCGGAUCUGAACACUUUUGUCCAUUGAGUCUUAUAAGGGUAUUCGGUACCAGCAUGGUGGAGGAGUAUGAAGAAAUUGUGGACCCACAGUACCAUUCAGAGCGUCCAGAAAUCUAUGAUGAAGAUGAAGAUUAUCCGAUAGAUUAUACAUCAAGAGAUGACAAAGCUUCAAAAAACCUGCUUGGUUCUGCUACAAAUGCCAUUCUUAGCAUGGUGAAUAAUCUUGCUGCUAACAUGCUGGGUGCGAAUACUGAGGAAGCGAUCUCUGAAGGGAAAGUGUUGAAUCGAAGCACACCUAAAAAUGUUACUGCGGAGAUUGUGGAAGAAAACACACAGACCGCUGAACAAGCGACAUCUACAUCCGCUACGAUGGAAGAAACAGAAGGCAUUGCACCCCCUACAAUAUCUAUAUCUGAACCAGAAAUCCCUAAAGAAAACCCCAUUGUCCAGCUAGUGCAAGAGGAGGAAGAGGAACAGCCUAGUCAGUCAACUGUUACUCUCUUGGGUACCGAUGAUCAGGAGGAAGAAGAAAAAGAGUCUUGGUUUGAAUUUGAGACACAGAUUUAUUGUGGUGAACUAGCAACUAUCUGCUGUAUCUCCAGUUUUUCUGAAUAUAUUUAUAAGUGGUGUUCAGCUAUUGUGGCCAUUCACAGGCAGCGUAGUAAAACAUAUGAAUAUAAGCGCAGAGAGGAGAAUGAUUCUCAGUCUACGCAACAAACUUUGGCAGACCCGGCUGCUACUCUGGUCUCAACCGAACCAUCUGAGGCAGAAACGGUUGAAAAGGCCACAACAGAUUUUAUUUUGGUGACUCCAGGAGAUGUUUUACAAACUGAUGAUUUAAACUCGGACACCCUGGAGCCUAGUCACACUCAGUCCAUAUCUCAGUCGGUGGCUGGACAAGUGACCACAGACAAACUUUCAUCAGCCGCAUCCCUUUCAGAGGCAACUAAAACCAUACACAGUCCAAAUAUUAGUGAUCUUUCACCGGAAUCUGUACCGGAGCAAACGCAGGAGGUGAAAAUCAGCGAGACUUUGAUUUAUGCAGAGAAACCAACUGUAAACCUUGAGCCCAGCACUUUACCAGAUGGCAAUGACCGCUCGGUCAAAGAAACUGCCGAUUACUCCGACAUAAUUAAACCAACGGAAAGCCUGUCAGUUCAGGAAACCAUUCUAACUGUAGAGAGUGAUUUGGAAAUAAAAGAAAUGCCAAAACCUUCAGUGAGUCAGCCUGUUGAGAAUCCACCUACUGUAGACAAAAAAGAGGAUGAACAAGUUACGGAGGAUGUCUCUAUUAAUGGAAACUUGCACAGAAUUACUACUGAUUUCUAUGCUGAAUUACAGAAUGCCACAGAUCUGGGCUUUACAAAUGGAAAUCAAGUACAUGGUUCGAACCAGAAGGAAUCUGUCUUUAUGCGUCUCAAUAAUCGCAUUAAAGCUCUUGAAGUUAAUAUGUCCUUAAGCGGCCGCUAUCUGGAAGAACUGAGUCAGAGGUACCGGAAGCAAAUGGAAGAAAUGCAGAGAGCUUUUAACAAGACUAUCUUAAAGCUUCAGAAUAAUUCAAGAAUAGCAGAAGAACAGGAUCAAAGACAGACUGAGUCUAUACAACUUCUACAAGCUCAGCUCCUCAACAUGACCCUCUUAGUCUCUAAUCUGUCUGUCUCAGUCUCUGACCUAAAACAGGAGGUCUUUGAUCGGCAGACUUAUUUAAUAAUCUCCCUAGUGCUUUGCGUUGUUUUGGUAGCACUGCUUUGUUUACAACGGUGUCGAAACGCAUCACAGUUCAGUGAUGAUUACCUAUCAAAAAUACCCAAGAGCAAUAACUAUCCAAGUCCCAAACGAUGUUUUUCUUCAUACGAUGAUAUGAAUCUUAAGCGAAGAACCACAUUACCGUUGAUUCGUUCCCAGUCAUUUCAGCUUUCAAGUAAAGAAGUUGAUCCUGAAGAUUUAUAUAUUGUGGAACCACUGAAGUUUUCUCCAGAAAAAAAGAAAAAGCGUUGCAAAUGUAAAACUGAAAAGAUUGAGACAUUAAAGCCGAUGGAUCCAUUAAAAGCACUUCCCAAUGGGGACAUCAAGACAAGGAAACAAUUCACAAACCAGAGAGACUUCUCAAAUAUGGGGGAAGUGUAUCACUCAUCCUAUAAAGGGCCACCUUCUGAAGGCAGCUCAGAGACUUCUUCCCAGUCAGAAGAGUCCUAUUUCUGUGGCAUCACAGCCUGCUCUUCCCUUUGUAAUGGACAGCCUCAAAAGACUAAAACUGAAAAAAGAGCCAUCAAGCGCAGGCGCUCAAAACUUCAGGACCAAGGAAAGUUCCUUAAAACAUUAAUAAACGCAAAGUCCGGGUCCAUGCCUAGUCUACAUGACAUCAUCAAAACCAACAAAGACUUGACUGUGGGAACAUUUGGUGUUACAGCAGUUUCUGGUAAUCUAUAAUCGUAGGGAUUUUUUUUUUUUUUUUUUUUUACAUCUGACUUUUGUUCCUACAUAGAUCUAUCUUUCGGAGCAUAUGCACAACUUGGCAAGAUUGGGCUGGACUAAAAAUGUGAUUCAUCUUCAGCUCUGGACAUUUUUUGCAAGGAAAUGGAAACCAUUUUGUUUCUCCUUGAGAUCAUUUAGUAGGAUUAGUGUUUUAUUUUUUAUUUUUAUUUUUUUUGCAGUUUAAUUAUUAGGGGAAAGAACAUUUGAUACCCAAUUUUGAUGGGUGGAACUAAAGUUAACUUAUGCUCAGUUUCUCUAGCCCUUCCCUAAUUUCGUUCCCGUACUUGCACCUUUCCAUAUUUAUGUGCCUUCUGUCUAUUUAUAAUGCCACUGGAGUUUAAAGCAACAAGUGUGAAUGCAAGAGUUGGUUUUUAAGUAUCUGUAUUUUUUUAUUUGAAGUUUGCUGUUUCAGAGUUUAUCACUACAAUCUGUAAGGCAAUUUUCAUGGAGAGAAAAAAAGGUGCGAGAUUUUCAGGUGUGUCUUUUUUAUAAAUGGUCUGUGUAUGUUCUUGAUCAGUUGAUGGUGAGUUUCUUCUGCUGGAUUCCAUAAGCAAUGUACCGACUAAGUCAGUGAUCCUUGGGCAAAAUAUUGCAGCUUAGUGGUGUGACUGUGGGGUUGAUUUAAUAAAACUGGAGAGUGCAAAAUCUGCACGGUAGACAAUCGGCCUCUAACGUCGGCUUGGUCAAUUAAGCUUUGACAAAAAAAGGAAGCUGAUUGGUUUCUAUGUGCAGCUGCACCAGAUUUUGCGCUUUCCAGUUUUUGGCUGCAUUCACACUUGAACGUAGCGAUUUACUGGGUUUUUAUUUGAGUUUUUGAGCAUUUUUAGAAGUGUAUUACAAGCGUUUUUUAAGCGUAUUAAAAGUGUUUAACAGCUUCAGGCAUUUUUGUUUAGCCAAUUAAAAGCACUAGGGGGAGGAGAGGGAGAUAAAAUUAGGGGUUGAGUGCUGCUGUUUGAGCAGAAAACACAAAAAAAAAAAAAAAACGCUGCUAAAAUGCUCAAAUUAGGCGUUUCUAUUGAAAAAACACUUGUAUUUUUUUGAGCGACAGACAUUUUUGCUUUAAGUGAGAAAAUGCUCAGAUGCAAACAGGGACCAUUGAAAUAAAUGGGAUUUUGCUUGUUGAGCAUUUUAGAGCUGCAAGCUUAAAGCAGAAAAUCGCUCAGGUGUGAACAGGGCUUUAGUAAAUUUAACCCCUGUGUGUGUGUGUGUGUCUGAACUAGAAGAUGUAGACCACACACCACAUGUAUUUGUUGUCAAAGGUGCCUCCAAACUGACUUGGCAGUUAUAAUGUGAAGGUGUUCCAGCUGAAUAUACAGCCCUGACCAGUGUUAAACUUAAAGGCAGUGCCAUCGGUUGAACAUACAUUGCCAGUAACAAAUUCAUUUAAAUUAAAAAUGUGGUGGCAAUGAGAAAAAACAUUGUAUGAGCUUAUUGAAUGAAGCAGUAGGAGUGCAAUGACAGUAGUCGGGUAAAUCUGUUUUACUUCAUUUUUGUGAAAAAAAUUGAUUUGGCUACUGUGACAUUCUAAAUCUUCAUUGUUUGCUUAACAAUAAUGAUGGCCCCUUUCUUAAUAAACAAGUUCCUUAGAAGAUU